AUGUAUGAUUAUUUUGCCGUUGUUGAGUCAGAGGGCGUAAUAGAUGUCAUUGUAGCAAGCCAAUUAGAGUUGUUGCCUCCUCCACCGCAGUUGUGUUCGGCUCCUCUAGUCGCAGUGGCCAUACACCCACGGGAGCGAAAAUGCGACCUAUCUGAUCCAUUGCCCAACCCAAUCGCCGAAACAUGGUCUAUAUGUGAGAUGUCGAAGCCUACAGCGAGUUGUAAAAUAAGACAAAAACAGAACUUGCCGCCUCAGGCUCCCAAACGAGAUCAUGUGUGUAACACGGCAGAGGACUCGGAGAUGCUAGUACGGGAAAUACAGCAUUCGGAGGAGUUAGAGUCGCCUUACCCUAAAAAUCAAGGAGACAAGACCCCGCCGAUCAGAGAACGUCAUCUUUGUAACACAGUAAGAGAUCAUGGUGACCUGCAGCGUGAUCUUUUAACAGCGAAUCAUAUAGACGCGAUGAGCUACAAACAUGAAGUGGAUCGGCUCUGCACAUACGUUGAAAAGGUCUUCACCAUGCAGCGCCCUAAUGGGUCGAAACUCACGGAAUAUAAGGUUGUAGAGCAGGCGACUACCCUUGAUCUUCGCAAACAUACCACGGGCAGAAACCUCGGGGUUGAAGGAGAUGACUCGCUGAAACGUGAAUCAUUGACUGAGGACGCUGUGAACCAAAAUCUUUAGUGGUUUGAUCAAGGCACAACUUACGGGAUUCCACGACUUGCAAGUGAGUUCAGCAAGCGUGUCUAUUUGCUGUCCUUCCCGACUGUCACGACCUGUAAGGAUAAAGUGUAUAUUAACUGUAUUUGCUCUGUCC